UGCCUAAAACUGCUCGAGUUUGGCAACAGAUGCGGAACAUGGGUACACAUGUAUGUACCUAUGUAAUGUACAUACCUAUGUACAUAUAUGUAUGCACGUGCUCAAAGCCGCAAAACGUGGCCCCCCUGUUCAGCAUGGUCGGCAUAUUGGCGUCAUCUCGCGAGAUGGACGAUUCCGAACCCUCCCUUAAACUCCAUCCAACACGUCGCAUUGCCACGAUGACAACGACAACAACAACAAACAACAACCACAACCUCAAGAGCACACGCGCGGUUUGAUAUUUGGGUAUACAGAUACCUGUAUAUCUACAUGUGCUCAUCCAUGACAACGACUUGCUCGAUGCCUUGACAAUGACCGGGUCCGACAAUGCCAUAACGUCAUGCCCGCCGACAGCGGCUUCAUCCUCACCGGAUAAGGAUGGGCAACAUCAACAAGCGGUCGAACACCACGACUUUGCAAACCCCACCCUAAGCAUCAUAGGCUCGGGCUCGCUCUCCAGAAAACCCUCGACAGGCGCCCUGUCGAGUCGAGAACCAGGAGACGAAGAAACACCGCCGCCGCUUCCACCGCGCCCUCGUCGAAUUUCCACCUCGCGGCCGCCGACCUCACACUCGACGGCCAAUGCGACUGCAGCCAGGCCGUCCCUUGUAUCCAAAGCAACCACGCAGAUUUCGUAUGCGGGCUCGCACCAGCCAAGCACCAGCAACAGCGAUGGCGACGACAGCGCCAGCCUAUACAGCUUUGCUCCCACCGUUCUCGAUCUUGCGGGGCCCGACGACGCCGAAAGUAUGAUUGGCGAUGUGCUGACAGGCGUGCCUUUACGACGCACUUUUGCCGACAAGGAGUCUGCCAGCUUGUUUGGCCCCGAACCCGAUCUGGAGCGCGCCUUCGCGCGUGAAUUGGACCGCGUGGACGAGUUGAGCGUCGAUGGAGCCAACGAGCAUCACGUCAUGCGCCAAUGGCGCGGCAAGCUUAAGCACUUCCUCAUCCUCUCGAGCGCGGGCAAACCCAUCUACAGCCGUCACGGUUCCGAUCAACUCAUCACAAAUUACAUUGGCGUGAUCCAGACCCUCAUCUCCUUCUACCAGUCCACCUCGGACACCCUGCGCGGCUUUACCACCGAUCAUGUGCGCUUCGUCGUUGUCACAAAGGGGCCCCUGUACCUCGUCGCCAUCAGCCGUCUCCCCGAAAGCGAUUCCCAGCUGCGCUCCCAGCUCGACGCACUCUACAUGCAGAUUCUGUCUACCCUUACCCUGCCCAGCAUGCAACGCAUGUUCGCGGCUCGCGCAAGCUACGACCUCCGCCGUCCCCUCCAGGGCACCGAAACCUUGCUCUCCGCCCUCUCCGACGGCUUUACCCGUGGGUCUCCUUCCACCCUCCUCUCCGCUCUCGAGUGCCUACGUCUACGCAAAUCGCAUCGUGCCACUAUCAACAACACUCUUCUCCGCGUAAGGAAUGAGAACCUCCUUUACGGUUUGCUGGUUGCGUCUGGGAAGCUGGUGUCGGUAGUCAGACCGAAGAAGCAUAGCUUGCAUCCAGGCGAUUUACAGCUGAUUUUCAACAUGCUUUUUGAGGCCCGUGGCGUCAAAGCUGGUGGCGCGGAGGAGAAUUGGAUUCCGCUGUGUUUGCCUGGGUUUAACAAUACCGGCUAUUUGUACAUGCAUGUGAGCUUCCUGAGACUGGACGCACAAGAAGAGUGGCCCGUCGGGGGCGAAAGCGGGGCGGACGGUGUAAGAGCCGAAGGCAAUGGCGGAAGUGACAAUGUAGCUAUGGCUGAGGGUGCUGAUGAUGGGCGAAACGAAGGGUUGGGUGAUGAGGUUGCUGUGCUGCUUAUUAGUACGAAAAAGGAGGCAUUUUUCGAGAUGAGGGACAUGAAAGAUGACUUGGUCGAGCAACUCACACAGAACGGGUCUAUCGAUGCGAUCCGCAGCGCCGUGCGGCGGGGACGACCGACUUGCACGGAUGUAGUUCCCGGCACCGUGUUGAGGCAUUUCUUGUACAAGAGCAGAGGCAACGUGCAAUUCGUGAUGCCCCGGUUCGAGCCUGCGUUCACGAGCGCGUGGGAGAAACGAAGACUCCUGACUCUCUACUCGACCCUACACUCGACUCUCCACGCCAAACCUACUUCUUUGAAAAUCAUACACCAAUCCUCCCCAACUUAUGUCGCCCUCGCAUGGCAGACUCCGCUCUUCGAACUGUAUGCCGUCGCACCUGCUGUCGCAUCCCGUCAGGCGCUGACGGCAGCUGCGAAUCGUGUUGUUAGUUGGGUGAAGAAAGAGGAGGAGAGGGUGUUUAUCAUUGGGGGUGCGGUUUUCUAAA